UUCGCCAGGAAGAUUUCUGUGCAUAUUUAAGGAGUUUUCAUCGCAACAAUAAUUUACAGGACAUUUCUGUGGUUGUACGGAGGAAGCAAAGGGGGACAUUCAGCUCUGGUGACCAUCCUCCAGCAAAAGGGGGACAAAGCAACCUCGUGGAUCUGGUGUCCAUCCCUCCAUUUCCAUCACACGACGACAGUCUCAAGACCCUUGAGACAGAGACAGCAAAGUCUGCAGCUUUGGAGUUCCAAGGUGAAAGCUCUCAAGAAGAGGGAGCAAAAAUGGACCCCAAAAAGAGGAAGCUCGAGGACGAAUUGGACGCGCUGACCAUUAGCGUCCCCACCUCGGUGUUAUCUGAAUGUAAAGAAGCUUUGAGUGGUAGGCUGAAGAAUGCAGACAAGAAACAGACUCUUGUUGAAACCCUGAGGGCACUCAUAGAGCCGGACAAAAAUGAACAGGAGCCUCUGCAGAAAAAUGACACAUCUGGAAUGGAGACUGACCGUAUGGGAGGAGAAAAGGAACUGAAGACCAAAGACACCAAAGAGAUUACUAGCUGCAAAAAGUGCAGCAUGAACAAAGAAAUUUUGAGAUCAUUAGAAACUAAACUCGAAGAGCUGAAAGAAAAAGUCAAGGAGAAGGAGCUGGAGCUGGAAUACAAAUCUCAGACAGGAGAAGAACCUUCGGACAUUUGAUAGUGCUUUGUUGAAGUAUGGUGUUGAAUGUUAUGAAUAUUAUCUAGCUAUAAGAUGACUAAUUAUAAGUUGCAGAGUGAUAUUUUUUGCAUGUAAUUAAAAGUUACAUCCAUGCAAAUAAAAAUAAGUAAUUGAAAGGUCUCGGGAAUUUGACAAAACUCUUUGAAUUUUA